UAGAAGACAGAAGUGAAGAAGAGAGGAACAGGCCUGGUCUCACCAUGUACGGACAAUCUGCCGCCCUAAUUCCUCCUCUUGGUGUCAACGAGUCUGUCCUACUUGUCUCAUCCCAUGCCCUCUUCCUUCCCCUACCUUUCGGGACGCUGUCGUUUUGUAUUCACUCUGCUUUCUCUUUCGUCUCGACUUCUUCAUUUGGAUCAUUCCCAACUCAGUUCCUUCAACAACUCUGGAACACCUUCAUUUUCUUGGUGUUUUGAAGCCAAUAAUAGUAGCAUUUGUCAACUUGCUGAGAAACUUUAACUGUGUUGUGUUCUUUCUACAAUGGCGGGAAAAUUGGGGGCUAAUCGACGUAAAGAGAGUGUAGAGCUUUUGACUCAUUUGAUGAUGAACAAGUCUCCAUUUUCCUUUACGAUUCCCUUUUUGCUGUUUGUUUGGGCUAUAGAAAAAUGGGUCUUGCCACUUUCCAAUUGGGUUCCACUACUUGCUGCUGUAUGGGCAACUAUUCAGUAUGGAAGGUAUCAGCAGAUGUCCCUUGUAGAAGAUGUGAAUAAGAAGUGGAAACAAGUAGUCUUGAGCACAUCGCCAAUGACGCCAUUAGAGCACUGUGAGUGGCUGAAAAAACUGUUGAUUGAAGUUUGGCCCAAUUACAUGAACCCAAAAUUUUCUAGAAGGUUUGCAGCAAUUGUUGAGAAACGUGUUAAACAUCGAAAAUCACGGCUUAUAGAAAGAGUUGAACUAAAAGAGUUCUCACUAGGUUCAUGCCCACCAAAUCUGGGACUGAAUGGGACUCAUUGGUCAACUUCAGGUGAUCAGAAAAUCAUGCAUAUCAGUUUUGACUGGAACACAAAUGAAGUGAGUAUCUUGUUGCUUGCUAAGUUGGCAAAACCACUUGUUGGGACCGCACGGAUUGUCAUAAACAGCCUCCACAUCAAGGGAGAUCUUGUAUUGAUGCCAGUUCUGAAUGGAAAAGUGAUUUUUUAUGCAUUUGAAACAACUCCUGAGGUGAGGAUUGGAGUUGCAUUUGGAAGAGGUGGAAAACAGACUCUAUCUGCAACAGAACUGCCUGGCGUUUCAUCCUGGCUGGUUAAGCUUUUCACUGAUACAUUAGAUAAGACAAUGGUUGAGCCACGCCGCCAAUGUUACUCUCUGCCAUCAGUUAAUUUGAGGAAAAAAGCUGUUGGAGGGAUACUUUUUGUCACAGUCAUUUCAGCAAGUAUAUUGACUGGGAGUAACAUGAAAGGAAGCUCUUCUGGGAGACAAGGAAGCUCUCUCAUGGAUGCUACUUUGGAAGAGAAUAAUGAGAACAAAGUUCUGCAAACAUUUAUAGAAGUUGAACUUGGAGAGUUAACCAGGAGAACGUAUGCAAGUCCAGGUUCAAGCCCUAGGUGGGACACGACAUUUAAUAUGGUUUUGCAUGGAGAUACAGGGAAUCUUAAAUUUCAUCUUUACAAAAGCUCUCCUAUUUGUGUGAAGUAUGACUUCCUCACAAGUUCGGAAAUUAAGCUGAAAUAUGUUGAUGAUGACUCCACGAUAUUUUGGGCGGUAGGACAUGGAUCCAGUGUACUUGUUAAGCAUGCUGAGAGGAUUGGUGAAGAAGUGGAGAUGGUUGUUCCAUUUGAAGGUUUCAACUUUGGAGAGUUAAGAGUGAAGCUGGUCUUGAAAGAAUGGCAGUUUUCUGAUGGUUCAUGUAAAUCAAACAACUCCAUGUGCAUUGCAUCUAAACAAUCUCUAAUUGGUUCACCAAACUUCCAGUCAAGAACGGGUAGGAAAGUUACCAUAACUGUUAUGGAAGGAAAGGAUCUAAGUGAGAAGGAUAAAUUUGGAAAGUGUGAUUCAUAUGUGAAACUGCAAUAUGGAAGGGUCCUUUAUAGAACAAGUAUGAUCCCUCAUGUAUUGAAUCCUGUCUGGGGUCAGAAGUUUGAAUUCGAUGAGCUAGAAGGUGGUGAAUAUCUCAAGUUAAGAUGUUAUUGUGAAUACAACUUUGGUGAUGACAACAUUGGAAGUGCACGGGUGAACUUGGAAGGACUGAUAGAAGGCUCAACAAGGGAUGUUUGGAUCCCUCUUGAAGAAGUGGAAUCAGGAGAAUUAAGGCUUCAAAUAGCUGUCAGAAAUGAUGACUCCCAAGUAUCAAUGGUGGGAACAGAAAAUGGUUCGAUCAAGCUAGUUAUCAUUGAAGGAAAAGACCUUAUUGCAGCUGAUAUCAGAGGAACAAGCAAUCCAUAUGUGAAGGUACUUUAUGGGAAAUUGAAGAAAAAAACAAAGGUUAUAUACAAAACACUGAAUCCUUACUGGAACCAGGCUUUUGAAUUUCCUGACAAUUCUAGUCCUUUGGUGUUGCAUGUGAAAGAUCACAAUGCUCUUUUGCCCACAUUGAGUAUAGGAAAUUGUGUUGUAGAAUACCAAGGAUUGAUGCCAAACCAGACUGCUGAUAAGUGGAUACCCCUUCAAGGAGUAAAAAGAGGAGAAAUUCAUAUUCAAAUAACAAGAGUUCCAGAACUACAGAAGAAAUCAAGUCUGGAUCCCAAGAAUUCAUCAAUUAAAGGAAACCAGAUUUAUAGUCAGAUUAGACAAACAAUGGCCAAAGUCCGCGCCUCAAUCAGCGAUGGUGAUGUUGAAGGGGUCUCCCUCGCUCUGAGUGAGAUAAAAAGCCUUGAAGAGGUUCAGGAUGAGUAUAUCUUACAGCUUGAGACAGAGAACAUGCUAUUGCAGAACAAAACAGGUGAACUCAGUCAAGAAAUGUUUGCAUCUUCACAAGCACCAAGCAACAAUUGAGACCCAAUUUCCAAUUUCCAAUUUCCAUAUCUUUUUUCUUUCACAUGUAUCCCAUAACACAUUUUUCAAAUGCAGCUGCGUCCAUGGUGAUAACUAUUAAGACAUAAUAUGCUUCCAAUACUUGAAUCUCAACAACUGGUUGAUUCUAUAGUUACCCUGAUCAGGAAUAAAAGAUACUCAGAGAAUUUGGUCA